AUGGCGGCGCGCGAGGCGGGCAGCGCCGUCGAGGCUGAGGAGCCUGCGAAGCGCGUCCUGGCGUGGGAGCCGCGCGCCAACGACACGCGCGCGGGGCCCAGUCCGCCCGUGCCGGCGGACGACGAGGCGGCGUGGAGCUCGCCCGCCGGCCAGCAGGCCGCGGCCGGCCCCAGGCUUGGGCCUGGGCCAGAGGAGGCGCUGGAGGCAUCCGCCGCGGUCACGGGCGCCGCCUGGCUGGAGACUGAGAGCCCCAACCUGGGGGGAGUGACCGCCGAGGUGGGCAGUGGCGACGCCCAGGCACCCCCGGCCACGCCGCCGCCCCCAGACAAGGAGGCCCUCGAACAGUCGCCAGUGCCCCCAGCCACCCCCGAGGCUAGCGGAGCACCGUCCCCCACCCCAGGCCCAGAGCUCCCCAAGGAGAACCCCUUGGAGGUUUGGCUGAACCUAGGAGGGGGCACACCUGGCCCAUCUGAGCCGGAGCCCACGCACCCUGUGCAGGGCACGCCGGAGCCCCACCCAGCCUCCGAUAUAAUUGACAUCGACUACUUCGAAGGAUUGGAUGGGGAGGGCCGUGGUGCCGACCCUGGAGGCUUCCCGGGGUCGCUAGGGACCUCGGAACACCACCCCGAUACCGACACCGGGGGAGAGACACCUUCGUGGAGCCUGCUUGACCUGUAUGAUGACUUCACCCCCUUCGACGAAUCUGAUUUCUACCCCACCACCUCGUUCUAUGAUGACUUAGAGGAAGAGGAGGAGGAAGAGGAAGAUGACCGGGAUGCGGUGGGAGGUGGAGACCUGGAAGAUGAAAACGUUCUCGUGCCCACCAAGAAGCCUGGCCCUGGGCCAGGGCCAGGCCAGCCCACUCACCAGUGGCAUGCGGUGCCCCCGCAGCACACUCUGGGCCUCGCCCCUGGCGGCAGCAUUGCCCUCCGACCCCGCCCGGGAGAGCCAGGAAAUGGCACCGAGUGCCGCAGUGGCUUCGUGCGACAUAACGGCUCCUGCCGGUCAGUGUGCGACCUCUUCCCCAGUUACUGCCACAAUGGCGGCCAGUGCUACCUGGUGGAGAACAUAGGGGCCUUCUGCAGGUGCAACACGCAGGACUACAUCUGGCACAAGGGGAUGCGCUGUGAGUCCAUCAUCACUGACUUCCAGGUCAUGUGUGUGGCCGUCGGCUCGGCUGCCCUGGUGCUGCUCCUGCUCUUCAUGAUGACCGUGUUCUUUGCCAAGAAGCUCUACCUGCUCAAGACAGAGAAUACCAAGCUGCGUAGGACCAGCAAAUUCCGGACCCCAUCCGAGCUCCACAACGAUAACUUCUCCCUCUCCACCAUUGCUGAGGGCUCCCACCCAAAUGAUGAUCCAAGUGCUCCCCACAAAAUCCAGGAAGUUCUCAAGUCCUGCCUGAAAGAAGAGGAGUCCUUUAACAUCCAGAACUCCAUGUCCCCCAAACUGGAGGGUAGCAAAGGUGACCAGGCCGACUUGGAUGUGAACUGUCUGCAGAAUAACUUAACCUGAAGUCGAGCGAGAAGGAAGGAACCUGGGG